UUUCCUAAUACCCCUGUAUGUCACAAGCCAAAAAUGUAUUUGACCGACCCUGUGAAGCACCUUUUGAUGUUUUGCCUUGUUAAAGGCAAUAAGCUCAAAUUGUUAAACCUGUUCUACAGCUAGAGGGCACAGACCUAAGGUGAGUGGCAAGAGGUGAGAAAUUUAAGAGGAAUCCCGGGGGGCAACUUUUUCACUUGGAGAGUGGUCCAUAUCUGGGAUGUGCUGCCAGAGGAAGCUAUAGGAGCAGAUACAAUAAUAACUUUUUUAAAUGGUUUGGACAGAUUUAUGAAUACAAAGGGUUCAGAGGCAUUUGGGUCAGAUGCAGACAAAUGGGACUAGCCCAAUAUGCCAACUUGCUGGUGGGGGCAAAUGGCUCUUUCCGUGUUGUUUAGCUCCAUGACGUCUUAACUGGGAUAAGAGCCCAAAACAGGUCGCUUUUAAUCUAACUACAUAGGAGUCAGCACACCAAGUCACAGGCAUGCCAACAAAUUGUUGCAACCGAGUUUAAUGUACCUAGGGAACGACAGAGUGUUUAAUAGGCUUUACAUCGGCUUGCAUCCUGGUUUCGUCGCAUGACACAACAGACUGAAUACGUGUAAAUCAAAUAUUUUAAAAACUCCUUUUGUCCACUUCCAGUGUAGUUUCUGCAACCAGAGAUUGGCGCGCACGUAAUACACGUCCUCAGAUGGUUAAGGGAAGUCCCUCUUCCUGUCUCCCCUACCCCGUCAUUCACACAACCGGGCACCUCACAACAUUCUUGCAAGUGGAUCAAGUGUGGGCAAUUCGGUCAUGUUGUUGCAAAGUAAAUCACGAUGGACUUUCUUUGACACCUGUGGCCUGGGAAUGACUGCGACGUGCGGGUUUGGUGUAACACACAAGGAAGUGGAGUGAAACCUACCAGAAGGCGGGGCCGCGGCUUCAAUGAGUCAAGUAGAUCUUAGCCCUUUCUCGCAGCAGUUACAUGUAGAAUUUGGACUCGAACACUUUAGUUAACCGUACAAGCCAAGAAUAAUUCAUGAUGUUGACUUCACUCUUCUUGAUGUUGUUCUGUGCCUUUCCACAUCGGAGUUCACAGGACACUGUUUCGGGUGCUGGAACAUAUUGCCAUCAGUUAACUGAACUCCUUGAAGACUGUGCUUGUGAUGUUGAAACUAUUGAAGAAUUUAACAACAAGAAGUUAUUCCCCAAAGUUCAAGAACUUCUCAAAAAUGAUUACUUCAGAUAUUACAAAGUCAACUUGAAGAAGCCUUGCCCUUUCUGGACAGAUAACAGCCACUGUGGACUGAGGGACUGUGCUGUUAAACCUUGUGAACCAAAUGGUGUACCAGCAGGAAUUAGAUCUGAAAGCUUUAAGUAUACCAAGGAUGCAAAUACCAUUUCUCCCCAUGAUCGUGAAUGUGAAACGGCAGAGAAGCUUGGUGCUGUUAACGAAUCUUUGAGUGAGGAAACAAAGCAAGCCGUGCUUGACUGGAACAGACAUGAUGAUUCUACAGACAACUUCUGUGAAAUUGAUGAUGAACAAUCUCCAGAUGCUGAGUACGUAGACCUGCUUCUCAACCCUGAACGUUAUACCGGUUAUAAAGGCAGGGAAGCAUGGAAAAUCUGGAAUAGUAUCUAUGACGAAAACUGUUUUAAGCCAAACUCUGUUAGACGACCACUCAACCCGCUGUUUCCUGGCAGGGGUGAUGAAGGUGGAACUUUCCAAAGUUGGUUGCAAGAUUUGUGUUUGGAGAAGAGAUCAUUUUAUCGAACCAUUUCAGGGCUCCACACCAGCAUCAACAUCCAUCUCAGUGCACGAUAUCUGUUGCAAGAUACCUGGUACGAAAGAAAAUGGGGACACAACGUAACAGAAUUUAAGCAGAGAUUUGAUGCACAAAUCACCACAGGAGAAGGGCCCCGCAGACUGCAAAACCUUUACUUCUUGUACCUCUUGGAGCUGAGGGCAUUAGCGAAGGCUCUCCCUUUCUUUGAGCGUUCUGCCUUCCAACUUUACACAGGAAAUGAAGCGGUGGAUACAAGAAAUAAAAAUAUUCUUCUGGAAAUUCUCAGCUUGGCCAAGUCAUUCCCUUCACACUUUGACGAACAUUCCUUGUUUGCUGGGGAGAAAAAGGAAUCUGAAAAUCUCAAGGAAGAAUUUCGGCUGCAUUUCAAAAAUAUUUCGAGAAUAAUGGAUUGCAUUGGUUGCUUCAAGUGCAGACUUUGGGGCAAACUUCAGGUACAAGGAUUGGGAACUGCACUGAAGAUCCUUUUUUCAGAGAAGCAGAUAAACAGUUUAUCAGAUUCUGGUCCAGCUCAAAGAUUCCACCUGACGCGCCAAGAUAUUGUUGCUCUCCUUAAUGCUUUUGGAAGGAUUUCGACCAGUGUCUGGGAGCUUCAAAAUUUCACAGAGCUACUGAAAUCUGCACAUUGAUGAACCUUAGUCACCUGUUCUUCACAAUGAAUGUCCUUAUGCUUUUGUUUUGAAAAGUCAAGAACUUGUUAUACAAAUGUUAACAUCAAAUUCCAUUGAAUGCAAUAACUUAAGAAUUGUUUUAAGAAAAUUAUUGAUCACUUAUGAAUGUAGAAGUGAUAGAUGUUCAGUCAAAUUAUUAUCAUGAAGUAGAGUACAUUUGAGGGAGUCAGUGACAUACUGUAAAUUAUAAUUUAGAAACCAAAGACAUGUUGUAAUAUUUUUUGUAGCGCUUUCACUGGUGGAGUGUUACCGAUUUAGCCUUUGGGUUUACAAAUGCACUGUUUCAUUCUAAAGUUUUUGACUAUGAUACUUUGUGUUUUAAUCUGAUAAUUUGUUUCAUUGUACGAGUGAUAUCUAACAAAAUGUUGUUCAAGUCUAUUUUCAGAAUUUUGUGCAGUGGAAUCAAGUUCUCUACUUUAGUGUGACCUGACAUGAGUAUUGCACAAGCAAGACCUGUCUAAUGGCCCUGUCCCACUGUACGAGUUCAUUCAAGUGCUCUCCCGAGGUAAAAAAAAAUCGAAUUCGUGGUAAGCACACAGAGUGAAUGUAUAGGGUACGUCGGAGCUCGGGGAUGUCUCUUAGCGGCUCGUAACGCUAACGGCAGGUACUCGGGAAAUGCGAUAAGCUCGGGAAGACUCGUCCAUGAGAGCCCCGAGUACCUGCGAGCAGCCAUUACCGUAAAUCUCCGAGUUCGAAUCAGGGCAAACUCGGGAGAACUCUUUGAAUGAACUUGUACAGUGGGACAGGGCUUUAACUUUCCAUAAGAGCCAUCCUUCCCGCACAAUGCAGCUCUCAGCAAUAACUUCUGUCUACCAAACUGCUAUUUUAUUUGGGAUGCUUACAUCCUUACAUCCAGAAGGAACUUGAUGAUCGAGCAGAAUCUAUAUUACUAAAAGUCUGAUCUUGACCACU